GGUUCAUCGAGUUCUGGAGCUGGAAGCUGCGGACAUGGACGCCGGGUCCACCGCCGAGGCCAUCCUGAUGGACGAGUCUCCCACGGAUGAUGGAGGGGUCCCGGAGGCUGGUCCGAGCAACAUCCCAGCGGUGUCUUUGUGUCCUCCUGACAUCGUGUGCGCCGACGAGGCAGAAGUGGAUCUAUGUGACAGCUGCAGCAGCCUGGGCAGACCCUCCGCCUCGUGUCAGCUUUACCACAAAGUACGACGGACGCACGGUUCCUCCCUGUGGGCGAGCUGGACCUUACGAGUCGCCUCAGUCCAAGAGGUGUCCCCACUGUGGCCUUAACAAGACACUGAAACCGAGCAACCCAGGAUUCCAUGAGAACAGAGAUGCACCGGCCAGUGUCGGAAGUAGUUCUGGUCAUCAUGGUCCAGUCAAGUGUCACCGGCUUCACGGGUCGAACGAAGGCGGGUCGAACAAACAGAAGCAGCGUCACGUGGUGACAGUCAGAGAAGGCGGAGCUUACUGGCUGGUGAGAAGUUAUUCACAGGCUCUGGUGGAUCACCCGUUGGCCUGGCUGCUGGGCUGUGGAGUGCUGCUGCUUGGAUGCUCUGUGGCAGGACUGCUCAUCGGACCACUACCGGACUUCUCUGAGCCUCUCCUGGGCUUCGAGCCAAGAGGAACUGAUAUAGCGGUACGGCAGUCGAGCUUGACCAGGCUGAUGGAAAACACUGGUCCUGGAAAAGUCUUGUCUCCUCUUCCACAGCAGCUCAGUAAAAGUUUUGGUGUCCCUGCUGGUGAAGACGGAAGUCAUGACCCCUCAAACUCAAGAAUAAAAAGGAUGUUGUUGGAAGACCCGUCAUCAGAAACGUUCCUCUGCGAGACUCCAAACCAUCAUCUUGCCCAACUUGUGUUUCGUUCGGAGAACGCCGCCAGCCUCUGGAGCCUCAAGUCCAUCCAUGCCAUGUGUGAGAUGGAGACCUCCAGGAUUCGCUCCCAGGCCCACUUCCAAGAUUUGUGCCAGCAGCAUGUAAGAACAGACUCUGACUCCCCGUCUAGAGGCGUCUGCUGCCCCAGCUGGUCUCUGGGAAAUUACUUGGCAGUCCUCACCAACGCCUCUUGCUGCCUCUGUCUGACAUCACAACAGGUGUCGGAAUCCCUUAGCCUCCUCCGGAAGUGUGCGCCCUACUAUCACCAGGGACUUCUGGUGGAGGCCUGCGCCCAGAGACCACAGCAAAGCAGCUGCUCCUCCGUUCCGUCCCGCUGCAAGCAAUCCCAAACUGUUUUCCAAAUCCUGCACUUCCUGGUUGAUAAGGAUUUCCUCAGCCCCCAGACGGUUGAAUACCAAAUUCCAACUCUCAAGUACAGCCUUCUUUUCCUGCCAGUAGAGAAGGGGGCGCACAUGAUGGAGACGUACAUGAAGAGUCUUGACGGCAAAAGUCUGACGUACAAAAACACAACCAUCACUGGGAUUGAUUUUGGGAUCAAGCAGACGCUGUUUAAAUAUUACCUGGCAAGAGAUUCCGUAUAUCCGGUUUUGACGAUCAUCUGUCUUCUCCUUACGAUGGCUCUGUACCUUCAGUCCCUCUUCCUGGUUGUGUUGUGUAUGAUAGCGACCACAGGAUCCCUGCUUAUGUCCUACUUUCUCUACAAGGUGGUGUUCCGUCUCACCUUCUUCCCCCUGGUCAACCUGUCGGCUGCGAUCAUUCUCUUGGGAAGUUGCUCCAAUCAUGUUUUCAUCUUCGCCGACUUCUGGCACUUGCAGCUAUCCCAGAACCCUUCCACUACAAUGGAGAGGAGAUUGAACAGAGCUCUACAGGAAGUAGGCUAUUUGAUUCUGGCUUCAGGAGUCACCUCCAGCGCAGCGUUUUUUUCCGGUUACUUCAGCAGCAUUCCGGCGAUCAGAUGUUUCUCAAUUUAUCUCGGAAUCGCCUCUUUGAUGAGCUCACUUUUGAUGCUAAUAUGGCUCCCAAGCUCUGUUAUUCUGCAAUAUAGCUACUUAGAAACAUCCUCAGUGCCUUUUGGGGUGAAAAGAUGGACUCCGUGUUGCUCCACAAAGACUGGCGGAUUCUGGGAUACAAGCUCACGGAGGCGUUGCCUCUUCAAGCUAGCGCAGAAAGCGAGAGAACUCAAGCGAGGCCUUACUGAUACCUCAAAUCUAAUUUUUCUGAAGAUCCUGCCCUGGGGUGUGGUGAAGUUCAGAUAUAUAUGGGUGUGCUGGUUCACAGUGCUAGCGGUCGGUGGCACCUACAUGUCUUGCAUCGAUCCGGGCAUGACCUUGUCCACUCUGGAAAGCCGGGCCACGCAGCUGUUUCGCUCCAGUCACCCCUUCGAGAGGUACGACGCAGAGUACCGGCACAUGUUCAUGUUUGAGAGGCAGAGGAGCGGAGAGGACAAGCCCGUGAUGAUGAUGCUGGUUUGGGGCAUCAAACCGUCAGACAAUGGCAAUCACUUUGACCCUACCAGCAACAGCUCCUUGCUUUUCGAUACAGCCUUUAACAUGAGCCAUCUAGACGCUCAGGUGUGGUUGAAGGACCUUUGUGAGCGAGUUCAAAACCAAAGCUUCUAUUACACGCCUUCUCUGGAGAAUAAAAAUGAAAUGACGGACGUUUGCCUUGUUGAAGAACUCACCCGCUGGGUAUCAGCCAGACAGUGCUCAGAAAGCGCUGAUCCACUUAAUUCUUGCUGCAAUAACAUAUCUUUUCCGUACACCCCAAGUGUUUUUGAGAACUGCCUCAGUAUGAUGCUAGCAGAGCGGUACACAGAAGGCCAUCUAGCCCACCAUGGCGGCGUCUACUUCAAGCCAGACGGCGGUGUCGCUGCUCUGGUCUUGGCGUUCAGGACCACAUACAUGUACAGCUUUAACUACAGCAGAACCAGUCGGUUCUACAGAGACACUCUGGCGUGGUUCAACCGAGAACUUGCCGGAGCACCUCAAGGGCUAGAGAACGGCUGGCUCAUCAGUCAGCUCUCUCUGUUUGACCUCCAGCAGUCGCUGAGUUCCGAGACCAUGGUCCUGGCUGGACUGUCAGUGGCUGUCACCUUAGCAAUGCUUCUGUUGACAACUUGGAAUUUUUUAUUAAGCCUUUUUGGGACUAUAGCCGUAGGUGGCAGUGUGUUUGUCACUAUUGCACUGCUGGUUCUUCUAGAAUGGAAACUGAGCGGCCUGGAGGCGCUUCUCAUUUCCUCAGCCGCCGGACUGUCUGUUGACUUUGUUGCCAACUACUGCAUCUCUUACAGCUUUGCGCCACACUCUGAUAAAAUUGGGAAAGUCGCCCAUUCCACCAAAAAAAUCGGAUGUCCUGUAGCAAUAGUUUCCAGCGCUUUCUUCGGUGCGGGGAUCAUCAUGCUGCCUGCCACAGUACUGCUGUUCAGGAAAUUAGGGAUUUUCCUGUUCCUGGUCAAGUGUGUAGCUUGUGGCUUCGCCACCUUCUUUUUCCAGUCAUUGUGUUGUUUUUUCGGGCCGCAGAAAAGCUGCGGUUUGACAACCUUGCCGUGUCUGUCGGAUCCCAACGACAAUGUGUCGUCUUCUCGCUCAGAAGAGUCAUCCUCUGUAAACGGAGCGUUUGGCAGAGCUCGAGCAAGGGGGGGCAGUGACAAAGAGGGGGCUGGUUACUUCUACCAAAAACACCAGUGUCCGCAGAGACCGGCGAGAGGCGGUCGGGGCGCAGAGCAGUACGAGCUCCAGCCGCUGGCGUAUCGGUUAAGCGACAGCUUUGACAACAGUACAUGCACAAGCAAGCUGUCCAACAGGCCUUCGGUGCUCUCGGAUGAGAUUGAAUACUGUGAGGGAGACAUGGGUGCUAAUGGAGAAAAGGCAGAUGUGAUGAGUGAACAAUGUCAAACGGGUUGCCCUCCUCCAGCGCUCCAGACCUCCUCUCCGUACAGGGAGAACUCUCAGCGAGCUGUCAGCCAAGACAAACUGCCGUGUAAAAACUGCCUGGCUCAGUCUGAUGAGCGAUGGACCAAUAAGUCAUUCUCAUCAUCCUCAAGCAUCGAGGAGACCAUCAUCAGCCACACACUCGAGACCACCGACCUGCCGUCACUCAGCACCGAGGAACAAGCCACCGACGAGAGACACCUAUCUCAGAGCUCCUGCGAGGGUCUCUCCGACGAAACGUGCCUCACCGACAUCGAGCCGGGAACUUCGGACGCGCGCCAGCGUGGCGAGGAGGAGGCUCAGUUACAACCGGGUCGUCUGAACAGCAAACGGGACACGCUGAGACUCUCUUUGAAUGAACCUGUUUAUGAGACCACAAAGAGCAGGAGUGGCCAAAACGAGGAGGUGGUCAUUCUGCCUAACAGUAAACCAGACCUGCCCGACGUCUGGAUCAAGAGGGACGGGCAGCGAGACUGCUGAGCAGCGCCGCCGCAAAGGAUCACACUAGGGCACUGCACUUCACUCAGUCAGCUGUGACAGCAUGAUGGAUGCUCCAGCAUGACACGGCCAUAACUUCCCAGCAAGAGCAUGUUUUGUUAUGUACCUGAGGCUACAUCCACGUUGUGAGAGGAUAACCUUUGUUUUUAUAGAGUUUUCACGUCCCUAACCAAGACAGAUUUAGUACGGAGUAGACUACACGUCUAUCUAGAUGGAGCUACAAUACAAGGCAAUUCAUGAUGAAAACCAUGUGUCAAACGCAAGUCCCGGGGGCCAAAUCCGGCCCACAACUCAUUGAAUUUGGCCGUUAUCCAUGUAAAGUUUACGAUAAAAUUUAUUCAAUAAAUUAAAAAAUGAUUAGGCCCUUAACCUACAUAAACGGCUAUCUAAACACGAGUCCAAAAAGCUUGUUUCUGGUAUCGCUUCAUGGUGGAUAAAAAUCACAGUGAUGUGGAUGUAGCCUUCACCGGCACCUUGUCAAAUGUUCUACUCCAUAAUAUGCAAUACUACACACGUUACGUUGCUUGCAACAUGACGUGCCUCAGUGAAGAGUCAUCUAAAUGUCGCAGAGCGAGUUGCCAAUUGUGUACAGUUCGUCUUCUGAAGAACCAUAAAUACGUGUCUGUGGUGUUUGUGAGAAGUGCGUGAUUGUGCUAAAUAGAAAUUUAUUCUUGAUGGAGAAAGGGCAAAGUGUAUUCCUGUAUCUGGGCUUACUCCCUCAACAUAGGUCGGACCCACAACUUGUGCUAACCUUAAAGCCUUUGGAGACCUUUGCGGAAAAGGCCUUUUUUUCUACACAAGCAGAGAUGUCAUAUCCACCCAGCGUGUGUCUUCUUGUACCAGUCGUGAUGUGCCAAACUUCUGUUGACUCCAAGAGGAAUAUUGUCUCUGUGUCACACCCAGAAUAUAUUUAUUGUGCGGGACUACAUUGUGGUGACUUUAGAGAAGGUGAUGUCCGUGACGCUUCAUGAUACGGGGCUGAAAGAUGAAGCAUGUUCACCAGCUUCAUGUUUCCUCCCAUCCCAGUUCUCCAGUACUGCUGUGUGAUUUUAACAGAAAUCUGCCUCUGAUGAAUCUAUCAGGUUUUUAUAACACAACAAUGAAAUUUGUUUGAAAAAGCUACAUAUGAAAUACAUAUUAUUUACCAGCAACUACUUGUCAUGUCCACAGUAAUGAAAAUAGUGUUCAUAUUUAUUUGUAUUUUCAUUUUUCCAAUGCCUGAAGUGCAUUCAUUCACCUCAAAGUGUAUCUAAAAAUGUAUUUUCUUUUAUAAUUUAAUGGCAUUUUUUCUUUUAUUAAUUGAUGAAUAAA